AUGGCAGCAUUAGAGAAUCCCAAACAUAUGUCGCCGACACACUCGCGCAGCUCGUCUGGCGCUUCUACAACCUCCUCGCCAAUCACAUCCACGUUCUCCAACCGCAGCCACAACCGCUGCCCAAGCUCGAGCUCAUCUUUGGCCGCUGCGCCAGAUUCGCCACUGAAUGUCAACAAGUCGGCUCUGCAUGAUCUUGUGGAGGACCCAGCGGAAGACCCUGUAGAGCGCGAUGGCUCCAUGUUCGAUGCCCCGAAUUUAAUGGCGGACGAGCCACUAUGUAUUUGCGAUACACCAUUCUGCGAGCAUAUGCAGACGCCAAGACUAUCACAGGCGAUUGUGGCAUCUCCCACAACAGCCACUCCAGAAUGGACGCCGGGCGACGACUACUUGAUGGCUGGCGAGCACUCUGGGACUCGAUCGCCAAAGCGACGACGGUCUGGUGAGCACUCCGCAGACAGCCUGACCGCACGACUCAGUAGACGUUGGCCAUCGCUAUCAGUGAAAUGGAAAGAUCGCAGACCGUCGAUGUCGGUCUCCAAUACUACUAUCCAGAGCGCACCAGCUUCGAGAGCGACUUCGGUACGAAGCCCAUCGCUUCGACGAGCUGUCGCGCCAUACACAUCCGACAAUAUGCAAGCUAUGACACCACCGAUCACACCAGUGGACGUGCAGAACAGGGAGAAUGUGCUUGGUCGUCCUCGAGGAAUGUCCAGGCCACAAAAGCCUGCUGAAAUCAUGAUCCCCGAGACGCCAUCGAUAGAGCCUUCUCCUGAACCACAGGAGCUUGCUAGCACUCCACUGUUACCACCUAUGAGCGACAAUUUCUUUGGUGGUUCGCAAGAACAGCUGCAGUCGCCCUUGCAGUCCCCAACUGUGGCAGAGCCCGGCUCGACAGUAUCGGUACUGGGCACGCCUGCGAUGACGCCACUCAAUGGUGCCUUACCUACUCCACCGCUAUCAUCACAACCAUCCAUUACGUCCUUUGGAGUGCUUCGGGCCGCUCAAGCACUGCGGCCAUCUUCUGAGAUCCCACACAUGGCAAUAUCCGAAGAGUCGGAUCCUUGGGCUAUUAAGCUCGGGCAUGCCAACUUCCACAUCACGCCCGAGCCCUACCUACCCAAUGUCUGCGACCUGCAGACCUGCAAACGACUUUUGGACGACUGGGAGUCGGCGAGAGUGGAGUAUAUGCGCCAAGCUUCUCGGAUUGCCGAGCACCAUGGACCCACCUCACAGGUCUACAGCUAUACCGAGCAGAAAUGGGCAGAGAUUGAUGACCAAUGGCGGGCUUUCCACCAAGAGGCAAAUGCCAUAGCCGGCGUUAGCUCAGACACCACAAGGCACCAACCCCUGGGCGAGACACAACCACUGUCCAAGGUACCAAGUCUUGAGAAGACUCUCAAAUUUAACAACAUCGACGAACAAGCCAUCAUGGCACCGAUGGUCCAGUACGCCAGGAUCCAGCCCCAGCCCACACGCAAGCAGGCCCUCCUCAAGCUCUUCACCGAUCCUGCAUCGCUGCUCGGAGGUCGUUCGGCCUUCAGCUUCAAGCGAUAG